CGAAAUAAGAGGCGUGUAUUUUCUGUAUAUAACAACCCGGAAAUGUGUGCCUUGCCAGCGCAUUUCCCUCGCUCCCUUCCUGCAGGCAGCCCGUAUUGAAGUGAAGCUGGCUGAAACAGAAAGGAGAGGUGGAUUCGAAGCAGCGGUGAUGCCGGGUAUGAUGGGUCUGAGAUUGCUUGUCUCGCUCGCAUGGAUUCUUGCCUUCAAAGCUGCUAAUAUUCAUGGUUUGAAUGCCGACGAAGACCAGUCCCAAGAUAUGGAAUGCAAAAUGAAAAGCGUCACCGUGUCGGCGUUGCCGUUUUUGAGAGAAAACGACCUGAGCAUCAUGCAUAGUCCAUCGGCCUCCGAGCCCAAGCUUCUGUUCUCCGUCAGAAAUGAUUUUCCGGGGGAAAUUGUCGUCGUGGACGAUCUAGAAAACACCGAGCUCCCCUUUUUCGUUCUAGAGAUCACAGGGAACUCGGAAGACAUUCCGCUGGUGCGCUGGCGGCAGCAGUGGCUGGAGAACGGCACGCUACUCUUCCACAUCCACCACCAAGACGGCAGCCAGAACCUCCCCGGACUCUCUGCCACGGACUACCCUGCCAGCGACUCGGCCGAGGAGGAGCUACGGAUCCUCCAUAUCUCUGUCAUGGGAGGCAUGAUUGCGUUGCUCCUCUCCAUCCUCUGCCUGGUCCUCAUCCUCUACACGCGCAGGCGUUGGUGCAAGCGCCGUCGUGUGCCCCAGCCCCAGAAGAGCGCGAGUGCAGAGGCGGCCAAUGAGAUCCACUACAUACCCUCGGUGCUGAUGGGGGGCCAGGCCAGGGAGAGCUUGAGGAACUCCAGGGGCCAAGGUCACAACUCCAGUGGGACGCUCAGCAUCCGAGAGACGCCCAUACUGGACGGCUACGAGUAUGACAUCACCGACCUGAGACACCACCUGCAGAGAGAAUGCAUGAAUGGAGGGGAGGACUUUACCAGCCAGGUGACACGCACCUUGGACUCCCUUCAGGGCUGUAAUGACAAGGCCAGCAUGGACCUCACACCUGGGAUUGACAAUACAAAGUUGUCCCUGAUGAACAAGUACAAGGACAACAUCAUAGCUACCAGCCCCAUUGACAGCAAUCACUUGCAGCAGAACACUCUCCUCCCCCACAACACUUCCACCAGCCAACGGAAACAACGGCUGUCCAGCAAAACCAGAGCGGGUUCAACCUUCCUGAACCCAGACGGGGACUCAGGCACGGAGGCGGACAGCGAACCUCAGCUGACCUUUUACACUGACCCCAAUCGCAGCAGGCGCCGCAGCCGAGGUAUGAGAAAUGGUAAUGCCAACAGCGCGUGGGGCUCAGGGGCAGGUUCCCCACGAAGCCCCAUCAACAAGACCACGCUGACUCUGAUCAGUGUUGUCAGCUGUGUGAUCGGCCUGGUGUACUCGUCACACCUCUCCUGUGGCCUCAACGUUCGGGUCAUCCUCCACGUGCCUGAGCACCUCAUCGCAGACGGGUCCAGGUUCAUAUUGCUGCAGGGAAGUUCGCUGGAUGCAUCGGAUUGGCUGAACCCGGCGCAGGUGUUGCUGUACUACCAGCAGAAUGCCAGCGGGCCCUGGAUCAAUGAGUUGUGUGGACGCCGCAUUUUGGACCCUUGUGAGCACCAGUGUGAUCCAGAGACAGGUGACUGUCUCUGCUUAGAGGGCUACAUGAAGGACCCAGUCCACAAGCAUCUCUGCAUUCGGAACGAGUGGGGUCCAAAUCAAGGACCCUGGCCGUACACUAUUUUCCAGCGUGGUUUUGAUCUGGUGAUGGGAGAACAACCAUCUGAUCGCAUUUUCAGGUUCACAUACACAUUGGGGGAAGGGAUGUGGUUACCGUUGAGUAAAAGCUUUGUCAUUCCACCUGCUGAGCUGGCAAUCAACCCUUCAGCCAAGUGCAAGACUGAUAUGACUGUCAUGGAGGAUGCUGUGGAUGUGAGAGAAGAGUUGAUGAUCUCCUCAUCGUUUGACAGUCUGGAAGUUCUACUGGACUCGUUCGGCCCAGUGCGUGACUGCACAAAGGACAACGGUGGUUGUAGCCGAAACUUCCGGUGCAUCUCUGACCGCAAACUUGACUCUAGUGGAUGUGUGUGCCCACCUGGACUAAGCCCUAUGAAGGACGGGACGGGCUGCUACGAUCACCACAUUGGCAUCGACUGCUCUGACGGCUUCAAUGGAGGCUGUGAACAGUUGUGCCUCCAGCAGCUCGCCCCUUUGGAGGAUGACCCCACUCUUUACAACAUCCAGAUGUUCUGCGGCUGUAUUGAGGAUUACAAGCGAGGUCAAGAUGGUCGUUCUUGUCAACCUCUGUCUGAAGCCUGCACUGAAGGACUGGACUGUGGUGAGACAGCUGACAUUCCAGCCAACCAAACUGUUUUUGGGGACCUCUUCUAUGGCUACAACAACAACAGCAAGGACAUCACAUCUGGGCAGAUCCUCAAAGCCACCUUCAGACAGAAGAACUUUGCCCGAGGCAUCGAGCAGCAACUCCCAGAUGGCAUGGUGGUGGCAUCAGUGCCAACAGAGGUGCAGUGUCACGAAGAGCUGUCAGACCCAGUCCCUGACCCAGACUACCUGACAGGAAUGGUGAACUACAGUGAGGUGGCAGGGUACCCACUCAUCCAGCAUUGGAGGCUGAGGUCCGUCUUGUACCAUGUCAAGCUGAACCAGUGGGUUCUCUCUCAAGCAUUCAGUUCGGCCAUCCACUCCCUGGAUGGUGCCACCCUACGCAGUGAUUUUGUCUCCAUCCUCAGGGAGUUUGGUAAUCACUUUGUUCAGGAGGCAGUGUACGGCUUUGAAGAGGCCUGCACUAUAUGGUACCCCAAUAAGCAGGUCCAGAGACAGUUGUGGCUUGAGUACCAGGACAUCAGCAAAGGGAAUUCCCCAUCGGAAGAGUCUGAAGAACGAGACAAGGAGCCCCGGACCCUGACCUAUCCAGCGUACAUCGCCAGCCUGCUGGACUCCGGUGCCAAGCGCAUGGCGGCGGGGGUGCGCAUGGACUGCAGCAGUCAGGGCCAGUGCCCGUACUCCUGCCACCUCUGCCACAUGAGCCCUGGGCCUGGGCGUCCAGCCGAACCGGUCCUGCUGCAGAUCACAAAGGCCGCCCCGCUCUAUGAGCUGGUCUCCAACAAUGAGACCUACCAGGCCUUGCAGGAGGCCAUGAUGAGCAUGCUUUGGUGUUCUGGGAAAGGUGAUGUCAUCGAUGACUGGUGUCGAUGCGACUCUAGCGCGUUUGGGAUGGACGGGCUACCGAUGUGUGCACCUCUUCCUCAACCUAAGCUCAGGCUGUCUCACUCAUAUGAGCCCAGCAGUUCAUUGGUCAUCAUGGAAUGGAAUCACACAGAGCCACCAAUCGGGGUGCGGAUCGUGGAUUACCUCAUCAGCCAGGAGAAGGUGACAGAGAGGACAGACCACUCCAAAGUGGAGACAGAGACAAUGUUGAGCUUUGUAGAUGACAUCCUCUCUGGGGCCAAGUCUCCCUGUGUGAUGCUGGGGGAUAUCCCUGACCUCCUGACCUCCACCGUCAGCAUGAUCAUACGCUGCCUGGAGCCAGACACAACUUACAUGUUUAGGCUCUGGGCCGUGGACAAUACAGGCCGACGCUCCAGUCCUAGUGAGGUUACCAUCAAAACUCCCUGCCCUGCGGUGGAUGAUGUCAAAGCACAAGAGAUCGCAGACAAGAUCUACAACUUGUUCAAUGGUUACACGAGUGGCAAGGAGCAGCAGACGGCCUACAAUGCUCUGAUGGAUCUGGGCUCUCCCACCCUUCACCGCGUGCUUUACCACUACAACCAGCGUUAUGAGAGCUUCGGAGAGUUCACCUGGAGAUGUGAGGACGAACUGGGGCCCAGGAAAGCUGGUCUCAUUCUCUCCCAGCUAGAUGAUAUGAGUGUCUGGUGCAGGGGUCUUCUCCAGGAGCCCAAGAUAGGCCUGCGUAGGGUGUCCCUAAAAUACCUGUCCUGUCGCUACACAGACACCAAGGCCUUUGGUCUCAACUGGGUUGAUCUGGGCCAAGAUGUACGAAAGGCUUGCGAUGAACAAAAUCUACCGGUCAUGUACAAUGAUUAUGGGGAACCCAAAGAACGUUGAAUGUCACACAGCAGUUGGAAGUUGGAAGUGUGUUUUUGGGAUUAUUGUCAAGCUUGCCUUUUUAAUCCUUGUGUGUUAUAACUUCUAACCUUUAUUUAUUGUUAAAGGAACUGGAUUUCAAAGUAGGGUAUGUUUAAGAGGUUAGGAUAGUUUCAACUGUUAAUAGAAAAAUGUAUAACAUAAUAUACAUAUAAGAUAAUGCAGAUGGAUUGUAUAUUAACCAAAAGUGUAUGUACCCUUUUAUUGUUUUAAUGUAUUUAGACGGUGCUUUCCAUAACCCCGUGGAAGCCACACCCACAGUCCCAACCCCAAAAUGUUUAUAUUAUUAUGAUAAAGAUUCAGUAAUAUACAAUGUUGAAUGUAGUAUUCAAGAACAAAUUCAUAUUUAAGCAAUCUUUUGUAAAGCGAUAGUGGCCAUUUUAGAAGGUCGGGAGGUCAUGUACAGUGUGAAUUGUAUGGUUCUAGUUGCUUAAUGUUUGAAGUUAAAGUUGUCCAAACCAUCUGACAGUAUUUUCUACGUACGUUCUGAAAGGAAUGGUAUACCUAGCUCUCUUUAAAUCAAUAUAUCGAUUACAAAAUGAAAUAUAACAGCAAAUCAGCUUGUUCUAUUGUUAAUUUUUAGUAUAUUUAUAGAUGUAAUCCUAUAAUUUAUGUAUAUAUAUAUAUGAUCACCAACACAGAUUUCUCAACUAACAUACCAGUAUUUGAUACCUUUCUUUUCUAAUAAUACUUAUACACUUUAAACAAAGACAUUUCAAGGAAGAACAGUUGUGAUUAAUAUUUCUGAACAAUUUGUCUCUUCACACACUUCCAUAAUGCACUGGUUAUCCUCAUAUCAUUAACUCAUAUAUUUCAAUUGGUUCCCAAAUAUUGUAUUUCCCAUUAUUUUUAUUAUAAAAUGUUUAACAGUGGACAUCAGUGAUGAGGGUAUGUAUUUUAAUAUGAAAACCAUUAGUACAUAUUGAUAUUGGUAAGUAUGCUUUUGUUUAGCAAUUUUGCAAGGAGUAUGAGCAUUCGUUAUGUGCUUAGCAUACAAGGAAUGGGAGUAUUUCUUAAGUGUGUAUAGGAGUUUUGAGUAUGUUGACAUUGUGUCUUGGUUAAAUAUGUUUCCUAAAUUAAUGAAGUUUGUUUUAUUAAUGCAGUUAAAUGGAAUAGAAACAUUUACAGAUUAAGGCACUUGAAGGUACACCUUCCCCAAAUGUUUCAAAUACAUAAUGGUUUUCUUACCCUGUAAGCAGUCGAUGGAAAGGUUUUGAAAACAAUACUUGCCUUCAUUUUAUAUUUCGUGACACUGUAUUUAGUAGGAGAAUUAGAUAUUUUGUUUCUGAAACUCAAAGUUUACUUUUAUAGGAUGGUUAUUCUAUCAAUAUUUGGGCAUAAAGGCAGUUCCACUGCCAUUUCUCAUAUAACUUGUAUUGCAGAAACAAAUGCUAAUAUUUGUUAAUUUGUGGCAAAAAAUGCAAUCCCAGUCUAGGUAAACAUAUUGUCCAUAGAAUGUUUACAGGAUAAGAUUGUUUAGGAAAUUUUAAUUUUAUCCCUUAAACAAAUGUAAUUGUCCAUUAGAAGUCAAUCAGAAUUCUUACCAUAAAUGACAGAAAGCCAUUGAACAACUUAAACCUGCAUGUUAUACUAUUCUGUCUUUGUGGCUUAUCUAAUGUUCCCUUUUUCACUUUGAUCUUUGUUAUUUCAAAGAAUAAUAAAUAAUAUAUUAUAGAAUGUUGGAUGUCUGUCACCUUAUCAGUCACUGGUGAGUUCUACAUAUACAUUACAUGUAUGUUGCCAUUGAAAUGGCAACAGUUUUUCAUGUAAGUAUUCUAAAUAAACAUUGGUGCAUUUUCCUACCA